GCCUUGAGCUUUAUUACUACUCUAUGGAAGUGACAACGUGACAGCGGCUGCGGCAUCGGGCAUGUAAAUAAAGCAAGUUCUAUCUGGGAAAUUCUACCUCAAUCCAAAGUGAAAAUGUCAGUGCAUGAAUGGGAAGAAGUCAAGCGUUUGGCAGCUGAUUUUCAACGGGCUCAACUUACUUCUGCAGUUCAAAAACUUUCGGAGCGAAAUUGUAUUGAGAUUGUCAACAAACUUGUGGAAUGCAAAUUGUUAGACGUAGUUUUUACUACUGAUGGCAAAGAGUAUGUUACUCCGCAACAAGUUCAGAAAGAGAUCAAAGAUGACCUGUGCGUUCAUGGAGGAAGAAUACCGCUGAUUGAGUUGGUGCAUCUCCUGAAUGUGGAUAUUAAUGUGAUCAAUGCUCAGCUUCCUCUUUUGGAAGGUCGAGAUGAUUGUAAAGUAUUGAUGGGUCAUUUGCUGGAUCAGUCCUACAUGAACAAACUAAGUGAAGAAAUAAGUGACAAACUUGAUCAGCAGGGUAUUUUGAAUAUCAACGAAUUGAUCAAAAUUUAUGACCUGCCUGCAGAUUUCUUACAAAAUGCCAUCAAGCGUAAUCUUGGUAAACCAGGAAAAAAAAUCUAUCAAGAUAGUUAUGAUGAAAAAGUCUUCUACACUGACUUAUUUCUUUUAAAACUAAAAGCAAUCGUGAGAGGUGCGCUUCUAGCUAUCACCAAGCCCACAUCAGUUCAAAAUAUCGUUAAACAAUGCUCUAUUCUAGAAAACUUAUUUUACACUGCACAUGACAUUUUAACCCAUGAAAAUCAGAUACCUGGUGCCUUAUCAGAGAAGCGAGGCACUUCUUGCACGUACAUACCCCUUGUUUAUUCUAAGAAACAGAAUGAGUGGGCUACUAAUUUUGUGAGACAGAAUGGGUACAUUGAAUUUGAUGCAUUGAGUCGUCUUGGCGUGUUUGAUCCUCAUGCGUUUGUUCGAAACCACUUCCAAUCUGAAAAACUCUUCUUUUUACCAACUGCUGCCAUUGGACAACAAUUGAUUUCACAAGUAGAAGCAACUGUUGAAGAGACAUUAGCUACCGGUUCUUUCACGGACAUAAUGGAUGACUUGCCAUCUGUUUUUGAGCCUGAAGAUGGAGCCGUGAUACUCAAAGAAGCAUUGAAACGAAGCAAACUGAAACAACAGCCUCCGAUAUAUUUAGAAACUAUUGUAAUGUCUGAAGAGUAUUUUGAUAAAAUCAUCCAAUUUGUCAGAGAAAAUUUGCUUCAUAAAAAUGUUGAAUCAGCUGUCAACUCCGGUGACUUUCUAAAAGCAAUUGCAGACUCCAGGCUGAAAGGAGCAAACCCUGAAGUGGAAUUUAAAGAUGUAAAAGCUAAUCGGAAAGAUGAAAGACGGAAAGUUGCAUCAAGUGGUAAAGGAGGAGGUGGUGCUCAGGGCCGAGAAACUAAAACAAAAUCGACCAAAAAGAAAUAUCUAAAUCGGGGAAAAGCAGCUCAAGAUAGUUCUGAUGAGGACUUAGCUGAUAUGAAGAAACCAAGUGCUGGCAUGUAUGAAUUUUUCACCCUCAAAGAUGUUCAAUCCACUGUUAAAGAAAUACUGCUUCAGUCUUCAGAAGAUACUGACUAUGAUACUACUGAGUUAUCCAAAGAAAUAUCUUUACAAAUUUACCCAGCCCUGAACAAAGAAAGCUUUUCUCUAGCAACAGAACUAUGUGAGAAAAAAAUUGCUGACUCAUCUUCAAAUCGAAGAAAAGUUGCUGUCGAUAUUCAAGAACGGCUCACCACUCUCUUCAACGACAUAAAGUUUUAUGAGAAAGGAACUAAGCAUUUUCAGUCAAAAGAUAUUCAAAAGCAGCUCAUAAAAUAUCUGUUAAAAACUUUAGGAGCAGAGUUAGUCAAUUUAAUUUUUCACUACGUAUGUGUAAUAGAUACAGAGCCGAGUACAAUUAGUGCUGAGAUGCGAAUGAAACUCAUUGCAGAAGCAGAGGAUGAAAAUAGAAAUAUUCUAUCAAAACUGAACAAGUCCCUAGGAAGCGAUUCAUUAGAAGAUUUUGUCUCUGUUGUUGAAGAAACAUUAGCAGCCAUUAGAGUUGUUAUUAAAAAGCAAGACAAGAAAAGAGAAAGAUCCCUAAUCAUGGCACAUAAACAGGCUCUUUUGUCUGAAAUGGAUGGACUGGAAGAGCCAGCAGCUGUCUUACACUUAGCUUCUCUAGUUCUGUUUCAAACUGUAACGCAGAGCAUGCUUCAUGCGUCUGGCAAGUUUGUCUCUUCGAUCCUUGCAUUCUUGGAGCCGCAUUUGCCACCAGAUACUUUUUCCCACCUCAGAGAAUUCCAUGACUCAGUCUUGAAGUUUUUGACCAUUAAAGCGGAGGAUGAAACUCAUCAAAUUAUUCUCAAGGACCUGAGAAGUAAAAUUCCAACCAUAAAAGAAAUAGCAAAAAAUUUUAAACAAUCUGUUGGUGUGUCAAAUUAAGAGACUACUUCAAACUUGUGUACAUUUGCCUUUGAUGAAAAGUGUUUUACAUAGGUUGCAGAAUAGUUCAGGACUAGCUUUGUCAAGUACCAUUUUUAGAGAAGUCUCUGGAGCUCCAUGUACUUAGAUGCUAUGUGUAUGUAGCUUGCAUAAUGCCUUCCUUCUGUCAAUUUUACUAGACCGACCAAAACCUCCCUACCUACCUACUGAGCCAACUUUUUAUUAUUACUUUUUUCCCCGACAUAAUUUGAAGAACAUCUUAAAUGUCACCUAUCGCAAAGGCUAAAAAAUAUUUUAUCACUCCAUCCAGGAUUGGGUCAACAAUAUGGUCUGUGCUAGAAUAUCUUGAUUGGGGAAGUACGGUCGUGUCUGCAAGUCUGAAAGUCCAUCUGGACUUCACUCAUGAGGUGGGUUGAUCUUGGACUAAAAGGGUAAUUGAGAAUUUUGAAGGAGACAACCCUGUCCAAAAUUACUCGUAAUAUUAACCAGCUUACUAGAAUUUUGCCCAGUGCUCUCAGCUAUCAGCCCAUGACUGACAGAGGUGUCGAUACCUCUGCAAAUAAGUCAAGGCCCACGUGAUCGCCAGUGAUUUCAUUUUUCCAUUGGAAUCAAAACUUGUUUGGGAGAAACCAGAAAAGUUAUUUAAAACAUAGGUUUAUAAUUAUUAAGAUUCGUUUGAAGACCUGCACAAGAUAAAUGAUCAAUAAAAUUUAUUAUUUUCAUUAAUUUCCAGAUUUUUCAUACGAAAACUUAGGGAAUGUUGGCUGUUUUUUUGGGCCCUAAGACCCUGCUCAAAUGAUGAGUCCAUAAGUACUUUCCUAAUCGGGGAAUCCUACAGUGUUCCUCUGUAUCUGUUGAAUUUAAUACAUUAGACAAGGUAUACUAAGGUGGAGGACUAGGAAUUCAAGACAGGAUUCUUUGGUUAAUAGUAAAGCUUUGUAGUUUGACAUUUUCUGCAAAAAAUGCCUCCUGUUGGCAAGAUUGGGCAACUGUGUAACAUCUAGAGGAAAAAGUUUAUUUCUCAAAGCGGGAGAAUUUUUCAUAUUUACGCUAAUAACUUUUUAUUGAAAUUGGGCACUGCUGAGCAUCUGUUUAUUUUCUGUAUUUGGAGAAUGAAAAGAUUCUAAUGUGGAGAAUAAAUAGGUGAGGGGUAGUGCUGAUUUUUAAUAUAGGUUUUAGCGUAAAUUUGUAACAUCUGUUUUUCAGAGCGUCUCCCCCUCUAACCUAGUUAGAUUUUACACACAAAUGAAAAUUGUGGUCGAUGUGCUUUAUGAAUAAAAAAAUAUUCUUUUCUUCCGUUA